UUGCCCUGUCGCUCGGAGAGUCGAGUUUGUGCAGGCUUAAGUUGUCACUGGUACGAUCACGCAUCUGGUCUCAGUGCGCUCUGCUUGGGCUUGGAGUAGUGUGUACAUGUAUGCUGAUGCGCAGAAGAGCUUUAAAAUGCUCUAAUGUGAUGCAGGUUGCUGAGUAAUUCGUUUAGACCACCAAGCGAAGUGAAGUGGACUUUGGAUUGAUGGACAGGGACUACUCAUGUGUGUCUGUCUGUGGGACCACAUCUGACACCAGCCUGAGAGGACAAUUUAAUAAAUGUUGCUUUACCGUCUGGCGGUCGUCGCCAGCUCUGCACGACCUACAGACGUCCAUGCUGCAGAUCUCUCUGUGCCCAAAUCAGCGCUUCCAACCUCGUUCCCGCACACCCCUCCUUGGCACCGUCUUUUAAUGAGACUGGGGCUGUUACCGAAUUCUCUGUCCAUAGUGUUCUUCAGUUGCCUGCAUACAUACUACACAUCACCCCAGACUUCAAGUGUACCUUGGACGAAUUCAGGAAGUGUGCAGUAAUGGCUUCCUCUCCUUCCUCUACGAGGAAAUAAUCCAAAUGUUGAUCAGUUCUCAGGACAUACCAAAACACUAAUUCAGGAUUUAAAAAAAAAAAAAAAUCUUUUUAAAUAAACAAUCCAAAUCUAGAAGAGAAAAAAAAAGUGCAUGCACAAUGAGCUCAGACAGUUUUCAGUACCGUGCACUGUAUGAGUACAAGCGAGAGAGAGGAGAUGACAUCUCCCUGCAGCCCGGAGACCUCCUUACUGUCAGCAAGCUAGCAAUUCUGACCCCGGACUACCAGGAGGGUGAUGAGAAGAACCCCGCGGGCUGGCUCCAUGGCACAAACGAACGCACCAAAGAGAAAGGCAACUUCCCGGGGACGUUCGUGGAAUACGUGGGGGUUGUGCGUGUGGGCCUACCUGCAGGAAAACCCUGGCCUAGACCUGUUCCCCCAACCCCUGGAGGACCCCAAACACCUGUAGGACCCCAGCCUCCAGGAGCUUGCGCUUCAGGGGGUUGUGGGUUGGGGGAUUCUCUGGAGCAGUGUACCGUGCCGGACCAGGCCCCAGCCGUGGUGCUCAGACUCAUUGAGGCUCUGGAGAGACCGGGCUGGGAAAAUGAGCCUCUCUACAGAACCCUGUUAGCUUCCAGUGCACCGCUCGACCUACAACAGGCUCUGGACACAGACCCCGCUGCAGUGGACUGUGAGCAGUAUGACUUGGCCGUGUUGGCUGAUACUCUCAGGGCUUACCUGCAGGAGCUGCCAUGUCCCAUCAUCCCAUCUGUGCUCUACAGUGAGCUGGUCUACACUGCUCAGGAAAUAGCAAGUUUGGAGGAUUGUGGUCAGCAGCUGAAGAGGAUCCUGGACUCCCCCAGCAUGCCACAGUCUAACCACCAGCUCCUGGUCUAUCUGACCCGUCACCUCAGCAAAGUGACUCAGAGUGGAGGAGCUGCUCAGGCCAGUGCCAGGUUUCUGUCUCAGGCCUACAUCGAGCUGGUCUUUAAACACAGCCAUUUCAGCACGGAUGUGAACCCGGAUCAUCACGUGAAGAUUCUGGAAGCCCUCAUCGUCGUGGGAGGCCUGUCUGAGAUGCAAGCUGCCCCAGCUCUUCCUCCGAAGCCGGCCAAACCCAUGACUCCUGUGAACAGUAACGGUGUGAAGGAGGCGGCAGGGAGCUCGUUGCAGGAAGCCGAAUGGUACUGGGGAGACAUAUCAAGGGAAGAGGUGAACGAUAAACUGCGAGACAUGCCAGACGGGACCUUCCUGGUACGGGACGCCUCGACUAAAAUGCAGGGAGAUUACACGCUAACUUUAAGGAAAGGCGGCAACAAUAAGCUAAUAAAGAUCUACCACCGUGACGGCAAGUACGGUUUCUCGGACCCGCUUACCUUCAGUUCGGUGGUGGAGCUCAUCAGUCACUACAGACACGAGUCUCUGGCUCAGUACAACACGAAACUGGACGUCAAGCUCAUGUACCCCAUCUCCCGCUACCAGCAGGAUCAGCUGGUAAAAGAAGACAACAUUGAUGCUGUGGGGAAGAAACUCCAGGAAUAUCACAAUCAAUAUCAGGAAAAGAGCAAAGAGUAUGACCGUCUGUACGACGAGUACACAAAGACUUCGCAGGAGAUCCAAAUGAAACGCACGGCAAUAGAAGCCUUCAACGAGACCAUCAAGAUAUUCGAAGAGCAAUGUCACACUCAGGAGCGCUACAGCAAGGAAUAUAUCGAGCGCUUCCGCAGAGAGGGCAACGACAAAGAAAUCGAAAGGAUAAUGAUGAACUACGCCAAGCUCAAAUCGCGACUAGGGGAGAUCCACGAAAGCAAAAUCCGCCUGGAGCAGGACCUGAAGACACAAGCGCUGGACAACAGGGAGACAGACAAAAAGAUGAAUAGCUUAAAGCCAGAUCUUAUCCAGCUGAGGAAAAUCCGAGAUCAGUAUCUUGUCUGGCUCAAUCACAAAGGCGUACGUCAGAAACGAAUAAAUGACUGGCUGGGCAUCAAAAACGAGAACACAGACGAUACUUACUUUGUGAGCGAAGAGGACGAGAACCUGCCACACUACGAUGAGAAGAGUUGGUUCGUUGGGGACCUGAACCGCACACAGGCUGAGGAUCUUCUGCUGGGCAAGCCAGACGGAGCCUUCCUCAUCCGCGAGAGCAGCAAGAAGGGCUGUUACGCCUGCUCUGUAGUUGUGGACGGAGAAGUGAAGCACUGUGUGAUCUACAGCACGCCGCGCGGUUACGGCUUCGCUGAGCCAUACAACCUGUACAGCACUCUGAAAGACCUUGUUCUGCACUAUCACCAGACCUCGCUGGUCCAGCACAACGACUCGCUCAACGUGCGCCUGGCCUACCCCGUCUACGCACAGAUGCCCUCAGGCCCACGCAGAUGAGGCCCCGCCCACUCCAACACACAUAUACACACACACACACGUCCCUACAAACAAAACAAAAUCCAACACGACAAACACUUGCUGCAGCACACACACACACACACACACACACACACACACACACACACACACACACACGUCAGCCACCUUCGGAGUUCUAUAUUUUUACUAGAACAAUUUGGAGGGCAUUCUUUCUAAAGACUGCUUGAUUUGCACAAGGAAGUUUUAAAUGUUUGUGAAUGUGAAAAAAAAGACAGAAGGAAGCAGAAGAGGCGAGUUUCAGGUGACCCACGCUGCUACCUAAACUCCAGCUGGGACUUUUUACAUGCUUCUUGAUUUAAAGCUUUUUUUUUUUUUCUUUCUUUCUUUCUUUUUUUCAUGGUCAUUCAUUUGUUCAUUUUUAUCCCUUUCUCCCGUCCUCCUUUACUAAGUGCAAGGCAGGAAAAUAUAUGUUUGGUUCUUCUCUCUUUCUCUCUCUUUCCCUCUCUCUCUCUCAUUGUGUGUAUGCUGAAAAGGCAAAUGUAUGUAGCAAACAGACGCCUGACACUUUCCAGAGUGUUGCUCACAGUAACUGCUGCUGAACAAGGGAUUGUGGGAGGGAAUGGAACAGGACAGGGGGGAUAGGGUGGGCUGGGGGGACAAGCUGAGAGGGCACAAGUGAAAAUAUGUCUUAGUCUUAAACAAAACAAGCUUGCUUUUAUAUGUUAAGAGGGGAGCUGUUUGAUUUUUUGUUUUGUUUGCUUUUCUUGCUGGAUCUGAUCUGUUGUUUUUUGUUUGUUUGUUUGUUUUUUUUUAAACCUUUCUAAGCAGUUAUGGUGUUACAGUCCAGUGCAGAGACCAAAGUUAGCAUAGGGAGGAAGUUCCUUUAUGAUUUUUUAUUUUUUUUCUUUUUUCGUUGCUCUGUUAAUUUGCUUAAUGAGAACGAGAGGAAAGUGUUAUUUCACCCUAAAACCUAAGACUCGGUAACUAAAGCUCCAGACAGAAAUAAAGAUUAUAGUUUUCUUGA